UCUCGUUGUUCCUCAAGAAGUUCAGCUUGGCGGCGAUCGCGUCAUUACAGCGAGGCCCAUCUAGAAGAUACGGGUUUUUGCUGCUUUCGCGGUUGUUUUGUCUCGUCCCGUCCGUGCGUGUGUUUCCGUGUAAGGACGAGAAGAAUUUGACCACGUCAGGAAUCCAUAAUCCGUCUCGGUGGAUGAGCAGCGGCCGUCGAGGAAGAGUCUUUUGUGAUAAGACGAGCGACCGUCCGGGCGAGUGGUGAACAAAGUGGCUGCUGGGCCGUCGCGUUUACAUUCAGUACGGGUGUGAUUACGAUAAAGAGCAAUUUAGAGGCGACGAAAAUGUCGUGUGUGUCAAUGGAAAUAUUUCCCAUGUGAAGUGGUCUUGCAUAUGUGAUCGCGAUGCAUGCAUUGUGAGUUCCCGCCCUGCCCCGUGUGCCCUGUGUCCUGCGUCCUGCAUUCCAACCAGAUAGUUCCGAGCCUGAUAGCCGCAGAAUCAAAGAUACUUCGAUGUGGUGUCUCGGAGUCGUGCAGUGGAAAGGCACCGCAAGUGAUCUUAGGAAAAGUGCUGUGACAUUUAUAGAACGCGGAGCGACCCGCAGACGGCGGCCUAUGCAAAAUGGAUGUUGAAAUACCAGUCCUAUCGGGAAAUCUGAACGUUCCCAGCCAGACGGGCUUCUCGUUGAACCGCAUGAAAAAGAAAUCUGGCCAACGAUACUGUCUGCUAUUCAAAUCAAGUCGACAUGGUAUUGAACGUCUCGAAAUAUGUGAAUCCAAGGACGAUAAGAAUCCUAAAAUCAUAACUCUGGAAGAUUGUGUAAAAAUUACACAAGAACCCGCACCUGCAAAUUCAAUUCAAAUAGUCAAAAAGACUGGAACGCUAACAUUGAAUGCUCUCAACGAAGAAGAUCUCAAAGAGUGGAUCACUGCCCUGCAAUCGGUCGCAUUCCGGGAUAAAGGUGGUGGGACUUUGAAUCGUAACACUGUAAUCGAAGAGCACAACGACUUGUACUGCAGCUCCUUUGGUGAUGGACUAUUCUCAAUUAAACUAAUUCCGUCCGAGACGACAAUUCGCUGUAACCUAGAACCAAAAACGUACAUACUGCAUUUAACCGCCACGGAACUGCAACUCAAAUCAAGCGAGGAUCUUAGCAUUAUAGUCGCCAAAUGGCCAUAUCGUUAUAUUAGAAAAUACGGAUAUCGCAAUGGAAAUUUCACCUUUGAAGCUGGAAGAAAAUGUGAUACAGGGGAGGGAGAAUUCAUGUUGGAUCAUACAAACCCUAGGGAAAUAUUCCGUUGUAUGUCGUCGAAAAUGAAGUCGAUGAAGAAACUGAUCAGCGGAGAGAGCUUGAAUAGUCUGGAUUGUGGGGAAAACCAACUCUGUGCAGCAUUAUCAAUGGAGGCUGGCUCGAGAAGCCCUUUGCCUCCUUCCCCGAAUCCUCUAACCCAUAAUGAUCUUGAUUCAACUAGCGCAUCACUGAAUCAGAGUUGCAGUUCGAUUCGGGAGUUCCUGUCAUCGAAUGACUCACUGAAUAACGUCUCAAGCAGUUCAUCCGUCAGCCUUCCGAUUGUGAAGCACAUUCCCGCUAAGCCUCCCAGGAAGGACCUCAAACCACUGCAACAACAAUCCAACGAUAAAUCUCAAAAAUAUGAGCCGGUCUCAAUUACCAGCGACAGUUCAAAGUCACUUGGUUCCGUUGUUGUCUUGAAUACUCCCCAGAAUUCUUCAAAAUCAACUGUUGACCCCAAUUUGAUUGCGAAUGCUUGCACCAAUAAACCUCCAAACCUACCCAAUCGAAAUGACAAAAGUAAGAAACUAAAUGGGAGUGCAGACUACGAGAGCAUCGAAACGAUAACUGACGCAUGGAAAACACUUGGCAUUAGCGAAGUGAAACAUACGGAGCACAUCAAUCCCGAUGACGACCUCAAAGAAUUCGCUUGGCAAAGGACUCAAUCGCAACGGGGGGAGACAAGUCAUAACAUCACUCUCAUCGAUGAAAAUGAUGCAAACCAAUAUGACCGCUUGGACUUCAUGCCGCCUAACAGCAAGGGCACUUCCAAUCAAUACAAAUCGAUAGUUCGAAUUGCGCAACCAGAAUACAAAAAACAGAACUCGGCACCUCCCGUGCCAAAUGACUAUGAACUGAUCGAGAAUCCUGACAUGCAACCAUGUAGAUUAGCUGACGAUAGUUACCUAGGAUAUGGCGUGUUAAGAAAAUCAAGCAUUCCAGGACCGCAAGUCCCAACGAAUACAAUUGUAACCACAACAACAACGAAGAGUAUUUCAACGACCAUGAUUACAGAGGACCUACCUCUGGAUCAUAGAUCAUACAAUGGUUUGAAGUAUGCAAUUGUUAGCCGACCGAAAAGAGUUUAAUUCAAAAUUUUUAGAAAAUGAAGGUGCAACGGGGUGAAUAAUGCGAUAGAGUUUAUAUAGACAGUGAAUACGGGAUUAGGAAGAUUUAUAUGUUCUCAGAUAUUUUAACAUUUCAGUAAUAAAUUGAUUUUGCAAUUGAAUCUCCUGUGGGCAUAAAAAUGACUUCCUCAUGUGGCAAGCAACAACAGUUCGCAAUAGCAUGCGGUGCUCAUACUAUUAGGAAAAUUAUCUCGGAUUUUUUGUAUCCGCCAUUGUCGAUAACAAACGCAAGUCACAAAUCCUUAAUUAUAUAAUUUGAAUGUUAGCCGCGUAUUUUCCUCUGUAAGGCUGAUAAAAUCUAAUGCGAGUAAUGUAUCGCAAAUAUCGCUGUCCUGCUUCUCCAUAAUCCGCUCAUUGGAAAUCGAAAACGCCUUCUUAGUUUUGAUAUUCAUACUCGAAUGACGACACAAGAAAGCACGAACUCGCCUAAAUAACGACAAAUUUCAAAUACAUUUAGACCAAAGAUAAAAAACGAAUGAUUUACGAAAUUUUUGAACAUUUAAAAUUGCUCAAACCACUUGACUUUCUUAUUUAAAUACAGCUAAAAUGUAACUUUCUAGCGAAAAUAAUGCCAUAAGUGAAAAAUCAACAAGCCAUAUUCAGAGCAAACAAUUAGAGAGAGAAAAAUUGAAAAAUCUAGUGCACGGAAUGACCUUCAUUGUGAUAAUUAUAUACAUACUUUACAAUUUAACAAAAUAAAGUCUUAUAUUAACAUUCCUUAAAGCUGCCUAGAUUCGAUAAGAUACUACAUUCAUAGUAGGGAAAAGAAACGAAAAUGUGCACAUGCUCUAGGAGGGUAUCAAGUAAUAAUAAAGAGCCAACGGCUUCGUUUUAUAUUCUUUCCGAAAUUGUACAGCCAUUGUUGGAUUUGUUCUCAUCUCAUAUUGAAGUGCCAAUAAUCGUUACGAUGUGGUAAACGUAUAUUCUCAUGUACUUAUUUGCAUUUCUAUAUUUUAUAAUUUUACUGCUCUUCUGUAAAUAUGAAAAAUAAAAUAAUUAAUAAAAGGAAAACUUUUGUUUCGUU